AUGUCUAAAGAACUUAAUAAUGAAGACAUGUUUAUUGUUGAUGCAAAACCUGCCGAGAAUUUAGACAUUCUGAGUUUGAAUGUGACUGAUGAAAGUAAUGAUUGCGCUCCUACAGGAAUUGUUUUUAAUUGCCAAGGAAGUCACAGCUUGCGCGAUUGCACGAAACCAAGAGAUCAUGAAGCAAUUUUAAAUAACCGUAAAAAAUUACAAACAACAACAAGAUAUCAUCUAGAUCUAGAAGAUGAACAACAAUAUGGCCACUUCCAAGUAGGAUGCAUAUCUAAUGAGUUACGAGGUGCAUUAGGCCUGGGACCUAAACAAAUUCCGAUGCAUGUUUAUAAAAUGCGAGUUUUUGGUUAUCCUCCAGGUUGGUUGGAGGAUCACAAAAUCAAGCAUAGUGGAUUGAGUUUAAUCGAUGCCCAGGUCAAGAUGUACCAAAAAUCCAAUUCUGAAGACGGUGAACUUGUAGUAAAUGGGCAAGAUUGUAAAUAUGAUGUAAAAAAGCUUAUAACAUACCCGGGUUUCAAUACUAAACCAGAAACUGGUACUUUAGAUGAAAGCAAAUGUUAUGGAGUGCCUCCUUUUAACCCAUUGUUAGACAAGGAUUCGAUGAUAAAAAGAAUUGCUGAUGAUGCAGAAAGAAGCAAAAUGAACUCUCCAGAACUUCCAACAAAUAAAAAUAUCGAUGAUAUGGACAUUGCCACUGAUGAACCUUCACCAACAAAGGACCAUGAUCAGAAUGCAUUUUCUCAUUCUUUAUUAUCUUCAACUCCUAAACCUGCUUGUACAUCUGGAGAAAGGACACAGUCACCUGCCAUCGAGAGAUGUGAGCUUAAUAGGCCAUGUUCACCUUCAUUAACAGAGUUAGAGAAUGAAAAGAGAUUACUUUUACAAGAACUAAAUGGUUUUUCUGCAUCACUAUCAUAUGAAUCAUUGCGGGAUGACAGUUUUGUAGAAAGUAAUAAAGAUAAUUCUAUUAAAAGUAAGGAUGCUCAACUGGAUUCCACACAUGAAGCUGAGAAAAAUACUGAUAAUAAAUUUAAAAUUGAUGACAUAAGGAAUGAAAUUGGAAAUACCACUGAUGUAGUACAAACUGAUGAACAUGUAAAAAAAGAUUUAAAUGAAGCUAAUAAUGUUAAAAAUGAUCUUGAACCUGAUAAUGUGGAUACUCAACAGAAUGAAGAAAAGAAAAAGCUUUAUGUUGAAAACAUUAAAAGGACAUCUCAUCAAACGCCUAUAAUUAAUUACUCUCAAUUUUCUAAAAUACCUAUUGCUGAAAGUUUUUCAAAAGAAAUGUCUGAUGUAAUCAAUUUUGAAAAUUUGCCCGAUGCUCUUGGCAAAUAUGACAAUAUGAGAGAUGUAUUGAGUAAAGUCAGAGGUGCUCUAAAUAAUCUUAAAUAA